AUAUCAAUGGGAUCUGAAGUUUUAUAUGAUUAUGGAUUAUCAACAGCUGAAAUGCAUUGGAAAAAGAUAAAGCAAGUUAGCACUUCUCAGCUGGCUACCUCUCCUCCCACCUACCCUCAACCUAUGGGAUCCUCUAACCCUUCAAGACAGUCACCGCACAUGCAGAUAGCUGACUCCUCUGUCCUAGACACAGUAAUCAUUGAUCAAAGCCAUUCAACCCUAGACAAGAAUGAGGGAGGAGCUGGAGUAGAUCAAAAUUUAGAACCAGAAGACAGACAGGAGAUACAGGCCAGAAGUAGGGUUUUGAGAGUUAGAACUGUUGAACCCCAAGAUCCUGCACAAGAGUGCCAGAGGAGGUUAAAAGUUGUCACAGAAAUAGCUUCCCAUUCUUCGUUGGGGGAAGAGGCAAGUGCUCCAUCUGCUAACGUAGCACCAACAGAAGAAACAUUAGCUCCGAUUGAAGAUGCAAUAAAGGCUGCUCUGGAGGCAUCUGCAUGUAGAGAUCAGCACACCAAAGGUUGCCAUGAUGACAGGAACAAAUCAUUUAAGAGAAGGUGUAAGAGAAAACGGGAAGAGGAUGAUAGCACUGUGUCUGAUAGUGAUGAAGACGAGUCAGAUGUUUCACUGUACCAGCCUGAGACCAAUGGUUCAUCGGACUCACAUACGUCAGAGGAAUCACAUUGGGAUGACAGGGAAACUGAUCAUGAGACAGAUAAUCCACGAAAGAGAGUACUGAAAAAACAUAAAAGUAUCACAUCCAACCUCACCGCUACUCUGCCAAGAGUUCAGCAUAAUGAAAGUGGAUAUCAAGACCAGUGGACAGAUAAUCAGAACAGUCUUGUAGACCUUCAAACUGAAGAAGAUGAUGAGGAUGAUAGUGAAAGUGAGCCUGACGAAGAUGACAUCAUCAGAGAUACACGUGUGAAAUCAAUAUAUGUAAAAAUGGUGAAAAAAUCAUCCACUACAUCUGCAGGUGCAAAGAAAAAAUCAGAUAGAGUAUAUAACUCUACUCAUGCUUGCCCAUUCUGUUGUAAAAUGGUAACAAACUUUUCUCAGCACCUGCGUGGAAAGAAGCAUCAAAGAGAACCUGAAAUCAUGGAACUAAUGAACUUACAGGAGUCAAAAAAUGAUGACCAAACUACCCAAGAUGUCAAACAAGAGAAGAGAAAGAAGCUCCUCUCAAUUCUCAGAAACAGAGGUGACAACAUGCACAAUGUUAAAGUCUUGAAAAAACAAAAAGGGGAACUGCUGUUGUCACGGAGAAUGAAUGAAAGUCCUUUUACCAAGGAAGACUAUGGGCCGUGCCCUUCUUGCUUAGAAUGGUUGAAAUGCAGUGUUAUUUCACGGCAUCAGAGAUCAUGUCCAGCAAAGCAAAACAACUCUCAGUUUCUCACAAAAGGAAGCCUGCUGCUUCAAAGUAACAUUAUAUCCGGAAGAAUCUCUGGAAAUCCAAGCCUUACUCUGAAAAAAGAAGUACUCCCAAUGAUGAAGCAUGAUCAAGUAGGAAAAGUGGUCAGGGAGGAUGCACUCAUCAUUGCAAUCGGCAAUGACUACAUGAAGCGUAACGUUGGGAAUCGACUGAUGCGGAAGCAUUAUGCUUCUGCUGUGAUGCGGCUAAUGGCAAGGCUGUUAAUCAAUUUGAGAUCACUUGCCACACCAUUCUCAGGUGUGAAACUGGAGGAUUAUCUUGUUCCUCAACAUUUCAGUCAUGUGGCUGAAGCCACAAUAAAAACAUGCCAGCCAGAUGAUGCAGAUGAGGAAAACCUAAAAGCUCCCUCACAUGCCCUGAAAUUGGGGACUGACUUAAAGAGAGUUACAUCGAUCAUUCUUGCCAAUGCAAUCAAGAAGGGAGAUAAUUCAAGAAGAAGAGCAGCAAAAGACUUUUUGACACUUAUGUCAAUAGAGUGGUCAACUAAGCUAGAAAGGGUGCUGUUGCAAGAACGAAAGAACAAGAAAAAACAGCCUUUGCCUCUACCCAAGGAUGUGGAACGGUUUGCAGUCUUCCUGAAGGAAGAAGCAUUGAGUGCUGAUCUGAAGGAUUACUCAUACACAAACUUCCGCAAAAAUGCAAUCAUUGCUCUGACCAACCUCAUAUGUUACAACAGACGGAGACCUGGAGAGGUGCAAGCACUAUCGUUGGCUGACUACAGUGCGAGAAAAACGGGCGUAGAUGAAGUUGGUAGGGAGGUCCUUGGCAAGAUUACCAAGUUUGAACAGUACCUCAUUGAGGCCCAAGAUGUAAUCAUGAUCAGAGGCAAGCAUGGCAAGUUUGUACCGCUUCUCAUCAGUGAACAUGUUCGCCCGAUCUUAGCAUUCUUAACAGGAAACCAUGUAAGGUCUGUGGCAGGAAUACCUACAUCAAACAACUAUGUGUUCGCAAAUUGUGCUGCUGGCGUCAUCAGAGGAGGGUUUGCCAUUGCAAAAAUGGCUGCUGAGGCGGGACUGCAAUUACCAGAGAGAAUGAGAGCUACAAAUUGCCGCAAAUUCAUGGCUACCAUGAUUCAGGGACUAGAUGUAACACCACAGCAACAGCGCUGGAUAAUCGACCAUCUUGGGCAUACCCUUGAUGUUCACCACAUACACUACAGAGCAACAUCUGACCUUCUGGAGAGGAUUGACAUUGCAAAGCUUUUGCUGAUGAUGGACUUCGGAAAGAUUGCUGACUUCAAAGGGCAGAAAAUACAGGAUAUACAACUAGAUGAGUUGUACGAUAAGACAGGCAUUGAUGAAAACACAUGUACAGCAAAUGAGACAGGAGUUGAUGAGAACACAUAUACUGUAGAUGAGACAGGAGGUGAUCAAGAGGAGGAAUUCAUCCCUGACUUAAUGCAAUUGGAGGAAACAUUGGAUGGUGAUGUGCCAGUGUCUGUAGAAAGAAUACAGAGAAAGAGGAAAGCGACAACAAGGCAUAACUGGAGUACUGAAGAGAUCAACGAAGUGAAUAAACUUUUCAAGUCUUUCCUAGACAGUGACAAAACUCCAGGAGAGAAGGCAGUUGCAGCUGCUAUGCGUAAAAGCAAACAGAAUGGUGGUUCCAUAUGGAAAUUAAAGCUAAAAAACAUUAAGUCUAAAGUAAGCUGGAUCCGACUACAUGUCAAUAAGAAAUACCAUUAAGAGAGUGGGGGAGCUAGGUUCUUCACAGGAUUUUUCAGAUUUGAAAAUAAUUUGUUUGCAUUCCAGAUGUUGGUAAGUCUUACUAAAAGGUCAUUUCCACAGUUAAGGGUGUCAUUUUGGUCUCGCUCACCAGCAAUGAAAGCGAGACUUAAUUAGCGGGAUCCAUAUGUCCGUCCGUCACAAACCUACCCAGAAGGAAAGGCCAGUUAGACCAGUAUUUGUUUUUACUGGUUUCCAGUAGAUUUUUACUGGUUUCCACUAUAUUUUUACUGGGCCAGUUGAUUUUUAACUGGACCAGUAAAAAUCAACUGGAGACAAGUUCCAACAACUGCAUUCCAGUCGAAGCAAUUAUAGUAAUACCAGUUAAAUUGUUCUUCAUCAAACUGAUGAAGAUUAAAGUUUACGUCCAUGCAAGGCUCUUAAGGCCUGGUCACACCGCCCGAGCGUUGUUGGAGCGGUUGUGGAGCGGAGAGAAAAAAUCAUCACCGCUCGCUACUGUUCACCAUUUUCAAUUUCGAUUGUUUUUAUUUUGUUUUCGAUUUUUCCCCCAAUUUUGUGAGCGAAAUUCGACCCUCUCUCCCAACCGCUCCAAAAACGCUUCGGCGGUGUGACCAGGCCUUUAUAUCAAGUGUUAAUCCAUCCCAGUCAUUUCAAAAUGAAGUUUCAAUACAAUUCUGUUGCGUGCCCUCGCACAUCGCAAAAUUUCUUGUUAUAUUCAUAUGUGGGCGAGACACAAAAUCGCUUUUGCCUUGUUUUCUAAUUCAAAAUAUUUCAAUUCAUUUCAAAAUAAGUAUUCAUGAAACUUUACAAUAGAAUUAUCUGUUACCAGAAUUGUCAUAAGGAGCAAGGAUACUACCGAUUUCAGUUUGUGCAGACUUUGUUGUCACUAUUCAGUGUUGAAAAAUAAAAUUGUAUACUUAUAGUGAGGCAAUUACUUUUAUAAUGGGAGUGAACUGUACUUGUAUGCAAACAAAGGAAAUUCUAGUCUCCAGAAUCUGGUAUACUAGUAAGUGUGGUUUCCAAAGCCUACCACAAAUAUUUUCAAUCCAAUCUGUUUUUGCGUUACUGUUUUAUGAAUUUGUGAUAUACUUUAUAGUUCUAGGUCCUUUCUAUUUCAUUGUUUUAUGAUGUUUAUUGUUUUAUGACUUGUCUUUUGUAUUAAAAACAAAAAAAUUGAGGGGCCUUACAGCCAUAUACAUGGAGUUUAUUUAGGCUUAGGGCUUAGAGCUUUUACCUUCAGUAAGAAUAAUUUUUCACAUAACUUGGUGCAAAGUUUCAGGCAGGAAUUUUAAGUUCAUAUUGAUUCUCAUGUUAAAACUCCAAUGUAGAGUAGAACUUACACAUAGCAUUACCUAGAAUGUUGCCCCAGCAAUCAUGCAAAGGGUGCCAGAUACUUUAAAUAUGUCCAUCAGGAAAAAAAAACAUUUAAUUUUCAUGAUGAGUUAAACUCUGUAGCCAUGUUCACAAGUGCUGUUAGAAAACAUUUAAGUCAAUCUGAACACAAGAGAGGUUGAGUAUUCGGAAGAACCAGGAAUUUCCACAAGUACUCUUUAUAAAACCCCUCAAAAAGUUCUGCAACUCACUUUUGAGGGAUGAAAUGGGUUUUUUUUUACUGAAGUAUAAAAGAUGAAACUGGUAUCAUUGGAAAGCUUAAUCAUUCAUUUUUACAAUGAUGUGCCAUCUGCUGUGAUAAUGUCAUCGUGAAACAUGCAGAUAUCCUGAACGUAGAGAAAAAAUCAGAAGUUAAAUGUUGCAAAAUGCAUUGUUUUUUUAAAACAAGAGUCUCCAUUUGAUACCAUGCAGGUGACAGUGAAUGCACUCAGCCCAUAUCCCAGACAAUUGGAAAUUCGCUAUUGGAAACAACAAAUUUUGCAACAUUUCAUUUUUUACAUUGCUGCAUAUUUAUCAUGUCUGUACAUUUCAUAACAUUAGCAUUACAAAUGACACAUGAUUGUAAAGAGGAAUAAUUAUGCUUUCCAAUGAUACCACUUUUACACAUGGUGAUGGCACACUAAGAAAUUUAUUAGCACUCAAACUUGAGUUGCAGAACUUUUUUGAGGGGUUUAUACGAAAAAAAUCAAAGUAUGAAUAAUGAUUACACUGUUUUAGAGAACAUUACAACACUUUCAGCCUGACCAUCCUUUAGCACUUGGAAGGUUUUAUUUCACAAAAUGGAUUUAAGUAAAAUCCUGAUAAAACUUAAUUCUUUUAUAGACCUGUAAAUCCAACGGUAUAUUUAAUUUUCAUAUACAUUUUUGUUCCAUCUCUGUUUAAAAAAAAGAUAGGCUGAUAGGGUAGUUAAUCGACUCUUCCAAAAACUCAACUUCCUCCUUAAGGUUACAUAUUGCUUCAUUCAAAUCUAUUCUAGUCAUCUGAUUUGUCCUUAUAAAUUAAUAGUUCAAUAUGCAUGCAGACAGAUACUUAGGAUAAUUUAAGUAGAUAAAUCAGCAAUCAUUUCAGUAACUUUCAUAGCUUGUUAAGUAUUUUGUUCAAUAUCAAAUGUCAUUGGGGAUAAUUGGUAACUUAUCUCCUUAAUCUGUCAUCAUUUAUUUGUUAAAGUCCAUUUCCGCAUAACAAUCAGAGGUACUAAUUGAUAUAUUUUUUGUUUGCAUUUAUUUCAAAAUAAUGAUAUAAAAUUGUGUGUAUGAAUACUAUAUACAAAAUAAUUCUUAAUAUAAGCAGAGUCAUAAUACAUAACGAAUACAAAAUAAGGAUGUGAGCAUAAACUUUUCUCUUUAAAUACACAUACUAUACAAAUUUCAAUGUUUAUGAGUGAGAUUGUUCCGAAUAUUACAUGAGCGUGCAAAUUGAAGGAAUCUAUUCAAUGGCGCAAAGCAGAGUUGAAUAGACUGCUUUAACUUGCACUGAAUGUAAUGUUCGAACAGUCGCACAAAUGACAAAACAUUGAAUGAACAACUUUUAGACAUAAUCUUGACCCCAAAACCAAAAAAAAGUAUUAGGCCUAUGAAAGAACAAGUAUCAAUCUACUCUUAUCCUUUUAUUUCGCUAAACAUUAUAUCAUCUGUAUAUGGUGUAGGCCUAUGUAGCACAGAGAUGCCUGUACGUGCAUGCAGUUAUUGUUUAGGCGCAGGCUAUGAUACACGCAUUAGUGUGGGAGCAAUCACACUUGUUCAAGCGUGCAAUAGUUGACUAUUGCAUGGUCAUGUUUUGGCGUGCUACAGCUGAUUCCUCUGAAUGUCAUGUGAUGCACCAAUCUGCAGUCAAGGAUUUAUCUACUGAUAUAUGUUGUAUAAUGGUGAUUCUAACGAACCGGUAUGUGUUGAACGCAGGAGACUGCCAUCGUGAGCAGUUCGGCUUGAAAUGACAGUGGCCUCAAAAAAUGGUGUCCAAUUAUAUUUUUUUAAGCUCACUGUAUCAUGUAAUUCUUACAUAAUUUGAAUUUCUGUGUGUGCAAAAUACAAUAAAAACUUCAUUCUA